AUGGCAGCAGGGUCGACCGAAGACCCAGCUCCCCGAUCUCACCACGCCUCCAGCUCCCUCACCACCAUUGUUGACAUGGCAGCCAUCAGAGACACACCCGCCGGCCAAUUUCUGCGUCUGGUCGGCCUCAAGUCCUGGCUCUACUACCCAGAGGAGGUGACCGGCUUCGAGCUGCCCAGCCUACCAUUCGUAUCCGAGGAGCAACUCCCUGCGCCCGACGCAGAGAAGGACAUCGAGAAGAAUCUCCCGACCGUCUCCCUCCGAUUGUCGACUCCGCCGGAUGAACUCUCGAGCGCCAUGUCCCAGAAGGGGCUGGCAGAACCCAUCGUCGUCUCGUUCUCCGAAGGCGACCUGGAGAACCCGCGGAACUGGUCCAGCAUGAAGAAGGCUUGGACCGUCACCAUCAUCAACGUCUACACCUUUGUGGUCUACUGCACCGCGUCGAUCAUCACGCCCACCGCCGGCUUCAUCGUACAGAAAUAUGACGUCUCUGUCGUCGUCGCCAGUCUAGGUCUGUCGAUGUACGUGGUUGGCUAUGGAAUCGGUCCCAUGUUCUUCUCACCUCUGAGCGAAGUCCCGAGCAUAGGACGGAAUCCACCGUACCUCUACUCAUUCAUCGCCUUCUUCGUCGUUUCGAUCGGCCUAGCGUGCGUCGACACCUUUCCCGGCAUCAUCGUCCUUCGGUUUCUGCAGGGCUGGUUUGGCAGCCCGUGUCUCGCCAGUGGUGCCGCCUCCAUCGAAGAUGUCUACGACAUGUACAGCGCCCCAUACGGCUACAUCUGGUGGGUGGCCGCCAUGUACUGCGGCCCAGCCUUCGGGCCUCUUAUGGCCGGCUACGCCGUCGACACUAACUGGCGAUGGCCGCUUUACGAGGCCGUCAUCAUGGGCGGCAUCGUGCUCUUCUUCCUCCCUUUUCUCCCGGAAACCUCUCCCCAGACGAUCCUCCUCAAUCGCGCAAAACGCCUCCGGAAGACCACCGGCAACAACGCCUACAAAGCGCCCUCGGAAGUCAAGCCUCUCGCCUUCGGCAAGAUGCUCCACGAAGCGCUCAACAAGCCCCUUGAGAUUACCGUGAAAGACCCCGCGAUCCUGUACGCCUGUGUCUACGGCUCCAUCGUCUAUGCGACGUACUACUCCUUCUUCGAAGCCUUCCCGCUCGUGUAUCUGGGUACAUACCGCAUGUCGCUAGGCAGCAUGGGCUUGAUAUUCACGUCUCUUACUGUCGGCUGCGUGUGUGGCCUAGUCAUCUACUUCGUCUACAUCACCUACUUCUUCAUCCCGCGCGCCCGAGCCCAUCACCAGGAUCACGGCGAACCCAUCGCGCAGGAGAAGUGGCUUCUCCCUGGACUUUUCGGCGUCUGGGGUCCUCCCAUCGGAUUGCUCCUCUUCGCCUGGACAGCCAAGUCCUCGAUCCACUGGAUUGUUCCCACCACCGGGAUCUUCAUCUUUGCCUUUUCGACUUUUUUCAUCUUUCAGGCUUUGAUCUGCUACGUCCCGCUCUCCUACCCCCGCUACGUCGCCUCCCUCUUCGCGGCCAACGACUGCGCCAGAUCCCUCGUCGCGGCCGCCUUUGUCCAGUUUUCACGCCAGAUGUACACGAACCUGGGCAUCGACAAGGGCGUCACCCUCGUCGCUGGCCUGAGCGUCAUCGGCAUCGGCGGCAUGUAUGGAUUAUAUUUCUACGGGGCCCGACUUCGUUCCCGGAGCAAGUUUACCGGGUGA